AUGCUCCCCAAGUCUCUGACAGCCCAAUUACGCGGCCCCUACCUCGGCCUACUCAUAGCGUUGAGCGUAUGCCUCGUCCUGAACUUUGGCGCCUUCUUCUUCUCGCUCCGCAUCUUAACACGUGGAACCCGGGAAUACACCUAUCUCGAGGGCGACCGACCUCGUGAGCUCCCCCUAAAGGUUCGCACCAUUCAAACCGCCUUCAAAGAUGACCCUGACCACUACGGGAUGGAUGGCAUCACGGCCACGGCUGAAUGGAACGCAAUCCGCCCUCCCGGCAAGGGUUUCGUUUUUCUAGGGGAGGAGCACUACGCAUUUGGUGUGUCGAUGUGGCACCAAAUACAUUGCCUUAAUCACAUACGCGCGGCGUUUGUCAACGGGGACGACGGGUCGGACCAUACAGAGCACUGCUUCCAUUACCUACGGCAGGGCAUUCUCUGUGCCGCUGACACAACCCUAGAGCCAGGUGGCACGAGCAUGAAAUUGGCUAAUGGGGAUACAGUCGCUUCAAACAGACCAAAUGUGCAUACCUGCCGGGACUGGAGACAGGUACAUGAUUGGUUGGAAAGCAAGCAUAAGGAGUGGACACCGGAGAUGUAUGAGAGGCUUAAGGAGUCUAGUUCAUAA